GUGUCCCUUGCACUUGCAGACGAGCAGCGGCUGCAGACUAGGCUCUGCGCACCCCAGUAGGCUCAGUCCCCGGGAUUCCCCAGGCCUGAGGACAAUGGAGUCAGUGGAGAAAUGGCACAAGGAUUUCAUAGCCUUCAAGCUUCUGGACAAAAAAUGUAACUCAAAGAGGAAUGGGGUUACAGGCUUGAUUGUAAAGCACCUUCAGAAAACCUUGAAGAUGCCCAGCUCCUUGCAGCUCUCCUCCUCGGUGGCUCUCUCCCAGCACUGCACAGGCUCUUGUCCAAACUUGAUGAUGAAUAGGAAUGAAGCGCUCAAUCAAAAGCCUGACAAUGUAUCCCCUGCACCCCAGCUGCCCACUAGGAAACAUCGAACGCUCUGUUUUUCGCUCUCAUCGGAUGGGGAUGGCCACUCUGAUGGCCUGGUGUCCCAGGGUUGGCGGAGGAGUCUGCAGGCUCAGAUGGAGCAGGCUCACAGUGGUGGAACUGCCAGCAGCACAGGGUCUCUGGAGCGGGCGUCCCUUUUCUGUGCCUCUAGAUCCAAUUCUUCCUCUAGUUCUACCUUGUCCAGUCCAGUGGGUCCACUCACCAAAGCCAAAUCCUCCAGCCGGUUCUCCCUGUUCUCUCCGCCACCUUGGAACAGCAGUGCCAAGCUGGAUUCCAACCCUCUGUCCUGCUCCGGCUCCAAGAAGUCCCGCAACUACAGCCAGAGGGGGGGUGCGAAGCCUGAGGAGCCCAGAGACCCAAAGCCAGGAGGACCGGAAUACUUCAACUUCUCAGAGCCCGUCAUCGCCAGGGUGAUGGACUGCAUCUACCUGGGGAACCUCAAUGCGGCCUACUGCGGGAGGGUGCUGUGCAGGAACAACAUCGACAGCAUCAUCGACAUGAGCAGCCUGCCCAGCAACUGCAGCCUGAGUGUCAUUCCAUGCACAUGCAGCCGAGGAGGGCUCCGGCACAGCUGGUCCCGCCUCAAGGUGGACAUCCAGGGCCCCCUGAAUGGGGAAUGUCCUGCCCUGAGGGAGCCUUGCUUCUGGGACAUCAAUGAGUGCAUUGAAGCCUCUUUGGAGAAAAGGAAGCGGGUUCUCAUCCACUGUCUGGAUGGCUAUUCCCUGGCCCCUACCUGUGUCAUCCAGUACCUGAUGGUGAAGCAUAACAUGAGGCUGAUGGCAGCUUAUGAGUUUGUGAGGGCCAGGUACCCGCUGAACAUCCGUGAGUGCCAUCGGGAUAUGCUGGUGGGCCUGGAGAGGUCUCUGCAGCCUGGAGAUGUGGACAUGGAGCGCUUGAAGCAUUCCAUGUCCCGGAAGGUAGCAUGGACUUAAAAGGACAAUGUGGCGAGGGACGGAGUGCUGUAACUGCUUGGUACUAGCCCUGAAGUGGAACCCGAGGCAGCCCAAAAAAAUAAAAUAGCCUUCAUCUCCCUUAA